AUGGAACCACUUAUUGAGACCUUCCCAUGGAUCCUAUGGUACAUUUGGAAGGCACGUAACGAUAAAUUGUUCAAUGGUAGAGAGGUAUCACCCGUUGACACCCUUCAGCUAGCUUCCGUCGAAACCGAAUGCUGGAGGAAAGCGAACUUAUCCGAGGACGAAGUGGAAGAGGAGACACGAUCUGCUCCAUCAGUUACCUUGACUCUCCAUGUGGCCCCCCAACGCCCGACAUGUCAAAUCGAUGCGUCAUUGAUCGAUGAUGGCACGGUCAGUGGUCUAGGGUGGUUCUUCAAGGACCCAAUGGGAGUUGAAAGAUUUGGAUUACAAGGAUGCCGGAAAAGUCUUUCAGCCCUCAUGCAGAGAUGGAAGGACUCAUAUGGGCGAUGUCUUGUUUAUGAGAGUUACAUUGCACCGCGGUUCAAAUGGAGACGGAUUGCUCCGACCUGGUGGACAUGA